AUGGCUGCUAGCCUCGCGCUUUCCCUAUCCCACAUUGCUCCUCUUCACUCCCCCCUCUUCCGUCCUCGCCGCCGUCUCCUCGCCACGCAGCCGCUGCUGCGACGCGCCGUGGAUUCCGGCGCGCUACGUGUUCACGUACCAAGGGGGAUGGCAGCAGCAGCAGCAGCAGCAGCAGGGGGAGCGGCGGGACCAGUGGUGGCAGAUGAGAGAGCGGGUGAUGCAGUGGUGGUGUAUAUCACUGUACCCAACAAGGAAACUGGGCAGAAGCUUGCAGCAUCGCUGGUGGGAGCAAAGCUAGCCGCAUGUGUGAACCGAGUCCCUGGGGUGGAGUCAACCUACUGGUGGGAGGGGAAGAUUGAGACUGAUAACGAGGAGCUGCUUAUAGUGAAGACACAGCGUGCCUUGCUGCCGUCCAUUCAAGAGCACCUCAAGGGGAACCAUCCGUACGAUGUGCCUGAGCUCAUAGCGCUCCCUAUUGUGGGUGGCAGCGAAGCGUACCUCAAGUGGUUGCAUGACAACGCACCUGUGCCGCCAACACAGCCGCCUGCUUAG